AUGGUGGUUUCAAUCACGAAGUACUUUGGCUGGACACUGGACCAACUGGACGUGGUGACAGCUUUCCUUUACGGAGAAAUGAAGGAAAAGGUAUUCUGCGCGAUCCCAGAAGGAGUCGAAGUUGAUGAAGACUUUGACUGCUUCGAAUUUGUCAAGGCGAUCUACGGACUAAAACAAGCAUCGCGCGUAUGGAACGAGACUUUUCAUGAGUUCUGGUGCAUUGUAGAUCGGAGCGAGGAAAGCGGAGCGAACGGAGCGGAGAGACCGAAGAGAGUAGAGCAGAAAACACUUGCCCAAUAG